AUUGUGGCCGCAACAUCUCUGAGCUCACGGAGGGCGUUCUGGCAAGCCCUGGCUUUCCCGGCUCUUAUUUACCCAGUCUUCAAGUGUGCAAUUGGUUUAUCACCGUCCGACCCCAUCAUAAAAUUCUCCUUUCAUUUCUGUUCUUCCUCAUCGAAGGGGACCCGGAACGCCGUGGAUGCCCUGGAGCCGUGGUAAGAGUGUAUCCAGAGCUCGGUGAACCUCCAAUGGAACUGUGUGGUGAAUCCCUUGCCAAUCAUAGUAGAGAAAUUCUUUCAUCUUCCAACAUUAUGAAAAUAUCAUUUGUAACUGCAGAUAAAGCAGUUGGUGCCAAAGGUUUUCAAGCCACGUGGACUGAAAUCAAAGAAGGUACAAAAUGCGAGCAAUUCCAGUGUGGCUUCAGCAAGUUUUGUGUUUCGGAAAGUGCCAAAUGCAAUGGUCUACCAAAUUGUGGUCUCGAGGAUGAAUCAGAUGAAGAAGACUGUCGUACUAUACAUGGCAUAGACGUCCACCUGGUGAUCGGGCUGGCGUUUGGUGGAGCCAUCUUGACUGUCAUUACCAUGUGCGCCAUUUUUCAUCGAAAAUGCAAGCGCCGGCGGACGCAUUUGGCGACUCAACAUCACAGAAAUCAGCCAAAGAUUGCCGCCACUCCGCACAUCAGCAUUCAUGACCAUGUCUGAAAACAUGAUGGCCUCGUCGAUUUCCAAACCACCUUCUCGUGCAGCUAAACACAAAGACGAGCCUUUCUCUCUGUCAUGCAUUCAGAAGCCCAAACAAAUAUACACAACAAUUCAAAUAAGAUCAUUAUUUAAUAUAUUGACUUUCUCACAUUGCAUCGCGCAUCUCUGAGGGUCAAAAAGUUUAAUUGAUCAAGCAUCACAUAUUUCAUCGUGCUUGGAGUGACGACAUAAGAUAAAAAAUGACAAAUUCAUAUAAUUUGAUAAAUGUUCGUUUAAAAGUUACACUAAAAUAUGAUUAUAUGACAUAUGACUCCUCCCAGAUUAGCUGGAGAAGUAAUAGCUUAAAAUAUCCUUGGACCUAGCGUGACGGCUUAGAUGCUUGCAAAUGUAUAGUUUCUUUAUGAAGUGAAGGCACUUAAAAUGUCGUCUAGUUAAAAGCUUCCUUCAGAGGUUGGUGUUAAGAAAAACAAGAGGUAGAAUUUUCAUGGAUCCGUUCCUGGAGACUUUCUGAUGAAAACUGGGCUGGAGCUGGCUAGGCUCUGAUUGCCAAUUAUAAGGUGACAGCUUUGGUUAGUUUUAGCCAAUGACAGGUGCUCUCUCUUGUCCUUAGCCAUGAGGAAUUUGCAAACAUGAUAUGGAGUAUAUUCAUAUCAGAAAGAUUAGCAAGAACAACGCGCUAUAUUUUCAGGCUCCCUUUAAAUGUCUUAGGUACUAUACAAAAGCAUUCCGCACGACGUAGUGUGAUGGAAUUUGAAAUUAUUAAUAGAAUAUGAUUUUAGAUAUAUUUAUUUAUAUGCAUUUUAAAUAAAAUUUAGGUUGAUAUAUAUACGUAUUUGCCUUCAAUGUAAAGUACUAGUUUUAAGCAUAAAAGCUCAUCACAAGUCAGUUUAAAACUUUGAUGAAUAAACUUAAAUUUAUAAAAUAUUUUGAAAAUACGUAUAACAUCAUUACAUUGACGUAUAACUGACGUAAUUUCGGGGGACAAAUCAUUUAUUAUUUCUUACUUCAAUUAAUUUCUAGUAUUCUACCAAUAAAAUAGUACUGGGUCGGAUUUUGUGUAGAUGUUUCUUUCUUACGCCAUCUUAUUAUUGGAUGACGAGUGUUUUUCCUACGAGAAUAAACUGUAUAUCAUCAACGGUUGCAUUCUUUGUAGAUAUCAACAACUGUGUGUUUUAAGUUAAAUAUCAUAAGCAUUGAAAUAAUAGCAAAUCAAAUUUUAAUGAAGACUGAAUUUCAAAAUUAAUUAAUCAUAUCAAAUCGUAAAAAAAUCGAUUUGGUAUUCAUUUCAUAGACAGAUACUUUGAAUUUCAAGAAUAUUUGAGACAGAUUUUCCUGCAUUAAGUGCAAAACUCAUGUUUAUCUCUGGCUUCUAGGAAAACGAAAAUCUGUGUCAAAUUUUCUCUAAAUGCAUUAGCUUUUCCCAAAUCCUAAAUUUUAUCUUAUGACGAAUUUUAAUUAAAUUAAAAUUCGAACUUUGCAUAUUACUUUUAUAAAUACUAAAUGAAUCGCAAUUAAAUCGAACUGUCAUAAUACAUUUUUAAAAUUUAAUAUCACAAGUCUCACAUUUCAAAAAAUACUUUAUUCAUCAGUGAGACAAAACUGUUUAAUAAAGCGAAAGGUUUGUAAUAUUUAAUAAAGCGAAAAGUUUGUAAUAGCGAAAUUGAUAGAAAUUUGAAUAGAAUAACCUCAUCCUUCGUUCAGAAUUUUAGCAGAAGGUUUCUAAUAUUUAAUAAAGCUAAAUUCACAAACAUUUGAAUUUAAUAACCUCAUAUUUCAUCCCAAAUUCCAGCAGCAGGUUUUUAAUAUUUAAUAAAGCGAAAUUAAUAGAAAUUUGAAUUGAAUAACUUCAUUCUUCGUCCAAAAUUACAGCAAAAAUUUUUAAUAUUUAAUAAAACGAAACUGAUAGACAUUUGAAUUGAAUAACCUCACCCUUCGUCGGAAAUUUCAUUAGUUUAUGCCAUUUCACAAGAUAGCAAGGAUGUUUGUUUAACUGUACUGUGAUAUUAAUACUCUCAGAUACUAGAACUAAAAUCUUGUUCUUAGACAUAUAUCUUACAUAAAAGCUCAAGGCAAACUUUUAGAUAAUACAUUAAAAUAUUUAUUAGCAUAUUGAUAUUUUAUUUAAUCUCAAGGUUCAAGAUUAUAUCCAGAAAAAAAUUACAUGUAAAAUUAAAACUAUUAGUUUCACGGCUUCUCAACUUAAUAAAAGAAUAAAACUUUUAGAAUGCAUAAAACACAUAGCUCGAUUCAGUGUCUUCACAAAUUCCAUGCUACACUUUUGUACUGGUAUUAUAAAGUGUACUUGAGUUAUUUUGUAACAAAAAGACUGAGUACAAUGACUUUUCGAAGCAUCACUAUCGCUCUCAAACUCUCACUUUAAAAUCUGAGAUCUGUUAUCAUCAUGAAGUAGUUUUUCCACAGCGAUAAAAUUUUAAUGUUAGAUGCUGGUGUCUAGAAAAUGCAUGAGCAUCAGCAAAAUCAGUUCAUUUUUAUAUACGUACAUAAUUUUAGAUAAGACAGAAAUUUGUUUGGGAAAAGUAUUUUUGAUAUUUUGCUAAAGUUUUAAAAUGUUUGCGUAGAUAAAAUGAAUUAUCAGAGUCCUUCAAAAUAGGUAUUUUGUAUUUAGUGAUGAAAUACUUAAUAUUUUUGUUUAUAUAGACGGUAUAAUUUCAAAAUUAAAACGUGAUUUUCAAGUUUCAUGCGGUUAAAGGGCAGGAACUGCUGAUUUAAAACUUUUGCAUCUUGAAAAUGAAGAUAUCAUUUAAUGAUUACGGAGAAGGGCUCAUCUUUGUGUAGCUUGUUUUUUGUUCUUGUUACAUAUAGUGUAUUAAUCUUUACUUCUUAAAACUGAGAAAAGAAAUUAAUUUUGCUGUGUAAGAAAAUGUACGUCCGCAUUGUAAGAUAUGUCUUUUUAAUUUAAAGGUUUGCUUCGGUUAGUUAUUUUUGAUGUAUUUUCAUCUAUUGUAACUCUGUAGAGUGAAGUAAUAUGUUCUAUACAUAUGAUAAUAACGAUUUUUCGUUUAUUAUUGCAAGUACACGAAAUUUUGUUUUACAUAAAAUUGCAUACAUUUUGAUAUUAAUGGCGAUUUUUAAGCACUCCGCACUACAUUUAAUACCGUAUUUCCUUCUGUAUUUUCCUCUUUUUUAAAUAAUUUAAAAUUAAUUUUCGAAGAAUACUGUUACAUUAAAAAUAUAAAACAAUGAAAGGUAGUCGCUGAUAAAACUACAGAAAGCUAUAAAAAUAUUUUUAUUUCCUUAUACAAAGUAAUGUUAUUGUUACCAAAAUAUUAUUAUUUCCUUGUACAAAGUAAAGUUAUUAUUAUCAAAAUAUUAUUGUUUCCUUGUACAAAAUAAUGUUAUUAUUAUCAAAAUAUUAUUAUUUCCUUCAGUUUCCUUCAAUUUUGUAAUUCCAAAACAUUUUAAAGAAAAUAUCCAAAAUGAAAUCGGGAACAUCAAAACCCUUUCCUGAAUGAAUUUUGAUUACUUUUUUGCAUGAUAUCUGCACGUACGUACAGAAAAAAAGGUCUUCAUUCCGAAAAAAAUUGUAAAAAAGAAAUUAAAUGGACUUUUUCUUGAUGUUCUAUACGUAGGAACGCACGUCUAUAUCUCAUAUAACUCAAAAUCGAUUAGCAUUAGAACGGUGUAAUUUUUUAUAUGGAACUGCUAUCACAUCUAGUUGAGCGUCUCCUUUUUUAUUGCAUUUGGCAGUACUAAACAUUUAUGCACAUAUAAAACCACCAUUCUCACCGGCUAAGAAGUCUUACUCUGCCUUUCUUUUUUUAGUCGUUGGUACUUCUAGCUGCAGAAGUGUUUAAAUGCAACAAUAUUCAUAACUGUGCAAUGUCAAAUUUAAAAAAAAAAUAUGUGUGGACUGAAUAACGAAAUCUGGCUUUUGAUGUGGUGUGCCAGUUUCCAUAAUUAUACUUGGAAGGUUUUACAUAAUUUAAGAAAAAAAUAAAUUGAUGACUCCCAUACGACAAAAAUUUACCGGGAUUUUUAGUUUCUAAAUUUGCAAUUUUUUAUGUCAUUUUCAAUUUGUAUCGAGGAAUACGUUAGUUCACUUGAGGGAUAAGUCCUGUAACGCAAUUCUCGUCCGUUCUUAUGGUUGUCUCUGCUACACUUCAGGCCUCAAAUCAUCCAUAAUUCGUUAGAGAAGGUAAAUGAGCAGACGGCUGAGUGAAUUUUCGGAUUGAAUGUCAGUUCUCAUUUGCUUUCAUUACUCCGUUUUUGCAUUAGACUAGCCGUUAGUUCAACAGUUAGAAGGGAAAGAUUCGGCGUGACCUUCCUAUCUAAUUUUCAAAGAUUUGUCUUUACUAAUGAAAGGAAAAAAAAAAUCACUGCGUAGACUAAUCCAUUUUAAAACUUCGGUGAACUCUUUCUCUGAAAACAUUGACGAAAGUACGCGAAUAUUUAAAAAUUGUUCAGAAAAUGGCGCUAAAAACCUAAGGGGAAAAGUACAGAGGAAGUACGGUAAUUUACUUUAAUAUGUAAACAAAAAUGUAUAUCGAGUCACAGAUUGUUGUUACUGUUUUGUUUCAUUGGUUAAUUAUCAAAAUAACCAAAUAUUGCAUUUUAAGAUGAAAUAUAUUCGAUUUUCACAUA